CAAUUGCGACCGAAAAGACAGCCACACAGUACACAGCACUACAGCACACAAAGUAUCGAACAACAAUAGUGAGUGUCAGAGCACACGACACGGAACGAUUUAUUGUAUGCAACUGAGUGAGUGAGUGCUGUAUAUGUUUCGUAUCCAAUUGGCUUUGAUGAUAUUGUUCCGAUGCUAAGGAACUACUUUUGCUUGUUUUGAUAGACGAUUUAGUUUGAACCGCUGUGUUGGCAUUGAGCAUAUCGAACCAGUCUCGUUCGUCUACCAAUUUUUUUUUUCUCUCACUGAACACCGACCGACAAAACGGUUGAGUUCAGUAUCUAUUUGUCGGCACCGAUUAAUUUUGUACAUUUUAUCUGGGUGUUUGGUGUGUGUUUGUGUGUUUGUGUGUUCGUGUGUGUGCUUCACUGUUUCAGUUACAUAAAUUAUUUAAAAUCGAGACAAUUUCGAUUAUUCUGUUGAUUUUGCCAUGUGUUUUCAAUUUUAUGCCUAACCUAAAUAAUUCGAUUGAGUCAAUGGGUUUGUGAAUGCUCGGCGGUUCCAGAGGAAAUCAGUUCAAAGCCUAUCAUUUAGUGUUCAUUCAAAGCGACCAAUCGACCAGAACGACAUCGAUCAUAUCUCGAUGAUUCUGUAGUAGAGACAUGUUGUUCAGCGGCUGCUGUUGAUGACGAUGAUGAAAGCGCACAAUUGAUACAAAUUAAAAUCGUGUUGUGUUUUAGUGUGUAUGCCUGCCCAGUUAUUCAAACACGACGCUACAACUACUUGAGUGAAAAAUCUCUCCCCGAUUUUGAUGUAAAAUUGAAAACCAGUCCGUUGUUUCUCCGAAAUGAUGAAUUCUAUAUUUAUACAAAUCCAAGCAUAAGGCAUAUGUCGUUCGGUUUACAUCACAGUUCAGCAGGGAACACGCUCAAGUAUUUUGUAAUAAGAGUACAACGUAAUUUGAUUGCAUAUGCGUGAUUGUUCCAAGCGAUAAUUGAAUUCAAUAGAACAGACUCCGAGUAAUUGGAGCACAAUGGAUAAUUUGACGCCGCUCACAUCGCAGAGCCCGUCAAAAGAGAAUGAUUCGAUUGAUGAGGGUUCGGCACAACGACGAGCAGUCAAAAGUCGUGACGAAGAUGACUUUGAAGAUUCACUAAAUCUAAAUGUGUCUAUUUCCGAGCACAUAUCCGAAGAUAUCGAAUCGACGAGUGCAGUUGAAGAUAGCAUCGAGAAAUCAGCACAACGUUUCGACCAAUUGUUGGCCGAUAAGAAGCGAAAACUAUUUGAUUUCGAUGAAAGUGACAAAAGCAAUGGUGUUGACAGUGAUGGCGUACGAAAAUUCUCCAAAUUUGAUGUCGAAAAUUUAUUAGAUGAAUCCCUAUCCGGUGACAAUAUUGCAAAACAUUUUAUGGCCGAUGUGGAAACGAGCACACAGCGCAACAGUAAAGUCAACGAACGAAUCGCGAGUGUUUCACAACAACGCACAAAAAGUGACGAAUUAAAAAUAGCUGACGUUGAUGAAGGCGCCGCGGCAAAUCCAAGUCAACCAACAACGGCAACGACAGCGACAAAUGUCGCAAUACACAUUGAUGACAUGCAAAAAUCCAAAGAUAAGUCAAAUUUAGUCGAAUUAGUGCAUCUAAGUGACAGCCAUAAAUCGGAUAGCGACAGUCGCAAGAGCGACACUGGUAAAAAUGAUGUGAUAUUAAUAAACGAUCAUGAGAUUAGUAUUCAUUCGUUGAAAGAAUUGCAAGAGCAACGGUCUCGGUCGGAUAUUGAACCGAAUAAUGCGCCGCAAACGAACCAAAAUACGACAAGUGACAUUUCAUCUUGUUUUGAAGACAAUGCCAAAGAGCAGCGGUCAAUUGAAGAUAUAUCGGGUAUUUCGAUCAAUGAAUCGUCAGCCAAAGUCGAAAGUGAAGAAAUUGAAGCGGAACGGUCAAAUACAUCAUCAUCGGAACGAGUGAGCCGAUCGAAAUCAGAGAUUCAAACGGAAAAGAAUGAAGAAAGUCCGAAAAGUGACGAAGACAUUAAAAAGUGUAAACCAAUGGACGAAGACUCAUUACCUGAGCUAUCGGUGAUUGAAGAGGUGUCUGCAGCUGAUGAGCUAUCGAGUCGACAGAAUAUCAUUGAGAGUAUCGCAGAUAAAAAGAGUGAAAUGGAGAAAAUCUUUGUUGAAGCCGUCAAUAGACUACCUCUUGAUAAGGAAAAUCGACCGCCAAAUUUGAACGACGACCUUCUUUCUGUCGGUAGCAAACAUUUGACCAGCUCACAAAACAGCACCCUAACAGAGGGAACCGUUUAUAAUGCGCUCACCAAAAUUGAUUCGAAUCUAACCGCAGCCACAUUCGCCGAUGAGCUCCACUUGAAUUUGGUUCAUAUGCAGAAUAAAAUCAAGGAAUUGCAAAACAUCAAUGGCGGAAAGUAUUCGGCCAGCUUCUUCGAUUUGCCAAUGAUAUCAAGUAGCCGACGCAAUUCAUUGAUUCAAGAAUUUCCACAGUCGGGACGAGAUUCGAGUAGCAUCACAACCAAUUCAACGGAAUACCGGCCGUUUCAGGAUGAAUACUUUCGGUUAACCGAUUUCCAAGUGGCAUUGAUCGAGCGAGACAAAAUAAUUCAAGAGCUAACAGACUCGUUGAAACAAUCGAUUGAAAUUCGUGAUCAAUUGAACGAACGCAAUGUGGCGUUAGCCAAUGAAGCAAAGGAGCUCAAAGCGGCCACUGAUAGACGAAAGUGGAUUACUGAUAGGGACACGUUUAAUGAGCCACGAUUAUCAGAAACAACAAUCGAUUUAGUUGGCGAGAGUGAUUUCGAAGACGAUGAAUUUUACAAGAAAAUACUGAAAAUUGACGAUCAUAAAGAGCCAGCUCAAGAAAUCGAUUCGAAACCGGACGAAUUACACAAAACCAAAGAAUUAGAGGCUGUGAGAAAUUCAAACCCAACGAUAGACGACUUCAAGAAAAGCUUGAACGAAGAGGAAACUGAACUAUUCACGCGCAUCGAGAGUCAAUUCGAACAAAUGCUCAAUGAAAAAAUCAACGACGUCAAAGAGAAAUUGCAACAAGAACAGUUGGAGAAAGCUGAGUUAGACUCGGAAACGAAUCGCUUGCGUCAAUUGUUAUCCAAUAUCAAAAGUGGAUCGACAGAGGUCAUUGAAUUGCGUGCUGAAUUGGAUAAAAUUCAUAAGAAAGAGAUGGAAAAUUUGCGCAUGUACUUUGAACGGAAAUGCACGGAUUUGGAAAAACAGUAUUCUGAGGAUGUAUUCUCUCAGCACAGUCGCCGCCAUUCGAAUGACACCAACUCCGAUUUGUCGGACGAUGAAAUUUUUCUGCCCGACGAAACCAAAGCGGGUGUCGUACGAAGAACGAGCAAAACUGGUGACAUUCUCGCUAGUCCAACGCAUAGAAAAAUAACACCAACUCACAUUCGCAGUACCGGUUCUAGUCCAAUUAAGAAACUUAGAAAAGGCAGCCAAAGUGAAUUCCGAUCCCUAGAUAAUAGCAAAUUAGUGAAUCUAAAUGCCGAAGAGAUUCAUGAACACUAUCGCAAUGUCAUUGCCGAUUUGAAGCAAACACACGAUGAAAAUGUCAAACAACUCAAGUACAAGUUGCAAUCGUUCGAAGGCCCUCAGGCUGACGAUGAAUAUUUGCUAACCGCAACUACAUCAACUGAUCAGCCACUAGUGUUACUAACCACUGAAAACUUGAAAAAUAACCGAGAAUGUUCGGAGCUGUUCAAUAAUUUGGUGAAUGAGUACGAUCGACGUUUGGAGGAGCAAGUGAAAUUUGCCAGACAGGAUAUGCUCCGUGAAUUGGAGCUUCAAAUACAAACUCUUUUAGCCGAACCAAUCUCGGAUGAAUCACGUUGGCCACCCGAGCUGAUACUUCUUCGUGAGAAAUUCACCGCUAAAAGUCAAUUAGAAAUCGCUCAACUUCAAAUAAAGCAUGAAGAAGAAAUGUCUCGCCUGAAAAAUGAUCACCAAAAGCAGUUGGAUCGAAAACUCAAGAGGAACACGGACUUUGACAAUUCACGAGGCUUGGAGAAAUGUGAAUCGGAACGUGACAGCCUUCGAGAGCUAUGCAACACGUUCCGACAUUUGCUGUAUGAGUUGGCAAAGUGUGUGUCGGUUUGUGAAAACGAUCUAAACGCAUCUCUAGUCGAUGAGUUGAAUAAGUAUGGCAUUUUGCAGCCAUCGCUUAUGUCACCAUCAAAAACGCGAUCGGAAUCGCCAACCAAUGAAAAUGAUUUGAAUCAGUCGAUGUGUUCAUCGAUUGGUAAUCGUUCAAUGCGUCUGUCCCUUGUACCUGAUGUCAGUGGUAUUUUGUCGUUAAUCGAAGACCCUUCGCUUUUGAACUUUGUCACUGAAAAAGGUGACAAUGAAGACAGUUUCAGUUCGAGCGUGUCGAAGAAGUUCGAUCUGAAUGAAUGCCUUGAAAAACUUAAACACGAAGCCGAUUCAUUGUUACAUUUAUCGGAGAAAAUGAUACAAAAACGGAAUGCGGACAACAGAGAAUUGGACAAAACACAGAAAUCACUGGAAGAAGAAGAUGGUUUGAAAAUAGCGAAGGAUGACUUCAAUGUAGAAAGUUCACAACAGAAACCACGAUUUAGUCUACCUGCAAUCUUUCCAUCCGACAAACAUGAGCGAAAGACAUUGUCGCAUUCCGACUUAAAUGACCUGAAAAAUCGAUUGCUGUUAAGCGAAUCACGGAACCAAGAGCUGGAGAAGAAAUUGGCUGAAUCGCAGGCACAACAACGUGAACUGACACAGAAACUAAAUAGUUAUGUGGAUAGUCAGAGUGAAGAGCUUAGCGAAGGAUAUGGAAUCAGCCAGUUGCGAUCCCCACAAAGGCAUCCAGCCAAUAAAGCAGCUACUUCGUUCACUGCUCUGCAAGAACGUGCCAAACAGUAUUUCAAUGAUACAAACACAUCAGAUGUGUCACAACUGCUCGAAGACUUCUGCCGUGAGUGUGAUCGACACGUGGAAGAAGAGAAAGAUAAAAUGAAAGAUCUUCAAGAACAGAUUGAUGCCGCCUAUAAUCAACGGAAACAAGACUUAGAAUUUUUGGAAAAACAAGCUGCCGAACGGGAAACGGAACGCGAUGAAUUUUGUAAAAAGAUCGAAAUGCUCGAAUCAAAAUUGCGUGACGUAGAUAAGGAGCGCCUUAAAUACGAUAAUAUUGCCAAGGAGAGCGAUAUACUGCGGCAGCAAGUUCAAGAGUUGGAAGUGACAUUGAAUGCGAGUAAAAAGAAGAACACCACGUUGGAAACGGAUCUCAAAGAAUCGAUCGAAAAGAUCUACGAGCUUCGAGAAAUUAUUGUUGAUCUAGAGACACGAAUAAAGGAGAAAGACAAUGAAGUCGAAUCACUUGAAAGCGAAAUUGAUCGUAAAAAUCGAACAAAUGAAUCGCUUCAAACGGAGAUGAAGAGUUUGUUGUCGCAAUCGGAAAUCGCGCCAGCAUACCAAGAAAGGAUUCAACAGCUCGAAGAGCAGCUGGAGAGUCUGCAACCGAAUGCUGACCAGAGUAUAGCCAUCGAACGGAUUGCAUCGCAUUUACGAGAGAUUGAAGAUAAUCUCGAUCGUAAGAUCAAUCUAUUGGAAUCAGUGCAUGUUGGCACUGGCACGGUGACAACGUGCAGUAGCCCAUCGGAGGAUGUGUCAGUCAGAGGUAGUGGACACAAUCUCGAUGCAGCCAUAUCGCCGCGAUACUUCAAGUACUUAGCCAAAGAUCCAUCAUUCCCAGUCGAUCAAAUCAUGCGAAUCAUCGAAAAGAUGCAGAAGCACUCAAGGGUCGAAGAGGCGGCCAUUAAAUUAGUGCGAGACUUGGAAAUGCAAAUCAAAGCAUUGCACACGAGCUACAUGGAAUUACAAAAUGAACGGGAUUUGUUGCGAGAGAAAAUGGAUGAGCAGCUAAUGCGAAUAACAACCAUUCAAUCGAGGUUGGACGAACAACGCCAACGGGCCGAGGAGCUUCAACGAGCGGGCACAUCCGAUCUAAAUCUCAAAGUGUACGACUUGCAAGCGGAAGUGAACGCACUGAAAGAGACGGUAUCAUCACGCGAUAAACAAAUUGGCGUACUGAAGAGUCAUUUGGCGCAAAGCAAGGAGAUUAUCGAUCGGCAAGAAGCCGAGAUCGCUUCAUACAAUUGCGUCACCGAUGGAAAUGACACAUACAGCAAAGUAUUCGUCGAAAAAUUGGAGGCACGCAUCGCAUCCAAAGACUUGGAAAAUAAGAGUUUGAGGGAAAAAAUCCGAACGGAAAUGAUAACGAAAGUGGCACUGCCGGAUUUGAUGGAAACCGUACUGGCCGAUAAGACGGACGAAAUCGAUUAUCUGAAAGAGCAGUUAGUGUCAAAGGAGAAGGAAUUAGAGUCGAAGGGAAAGGAAUUGAAACAUUUACGUGAUAGUCAGAUAUUCGCCAAGGCCGAAGAGAAGCUCAGUGAAUACUUCACAAAAAACCAUGGCAGCGAUUACUUCGAUAACGAUUACAUUCGAAAGAUGUCCGAAUCUGGCACGCGAUCGAGUUUGCCCAUCAUUCAAUCGUCGAUUUUUGGCAACAAUGAAAAUACACCGCCGCUGAAACCGCGACAAAUUUACUUCACGUCAAAGUCAACGAAUGACACCAAUUUAAUGCAAACUCCGCUGCUAUUGGAUCAAUUUUCGAGCGUCGUCAGAAACGAUUCGCUCGCCGACAAUGAUGACUCAAGCACACAGCUGAGAGAAGAAAUUGAGUACUUGAAAUUAUCACUUGAAGACAAAACGAAAUUGGUGGAUGAUGUCACCGCGGAAAGUAAGAAGUUGAAAGAGGAAUUUGACAGCGAAAAAGUUAAAUUGGCUACGGAGAUCGAUCGGUUGCGUGGCCAAAUCGAUGAAUUGCAAUUGAAGGUAGAAACCAUCGAAGCGGAAUUGGUGGUAUCCACCAAAAACUAUGAUAAAAAGUGCACUGAAUUAGCGGCAAUGAGCGGUCAAUUGAAUGAAGAACAUGCUAAUCAUGGCGUGAUCAAACAUCAAUUGAAUUCCAUGGGAAACACAAUCAAACACAAAGACGAGCUCAUUUCAAAGCUGCAAAAAGACAUCGAGAAUUACAAUGAAAUCGAAAAGGUCAAUCUGGAUAUGAUCAAUCGGCUGAAGCGUGAAAACUUCGACUUGACCAAAAUGAAAUCCGUCAAAGAUGAAACCGAUGGUUCGGAAGCCAUUCUGCGACAAGAGCUUGAAAUGGUCAAGGACAUGCUUCAAGACACGGAACAAGAGUUAUCCGAAAAAAUGAUCGCCUACGAAAAGUGCUUGCUCGAUCUAAAAGAACAAGAGAAAAAGAUUUUCCACUUGACCGACAUUGUGACUGAUUCGAAAAGCGCACGCAGUGUUGAGGAAAUGCGAAUCGAAAUGCGAAUUCAACAAGAAGAAAAUGAACGGCUUAAGAAGGAAAUCGAAGAACUGAAAAAUAAGCGAAUUGUCGAGCGAUCAACGAGUCCGAUCAAGUCAAUCAACAUCGAUGAGCUAACGAGCAAAGUCGAAGAAGAAUUGAACUACUCCAGACAUCUUGACAACAGCAUUUUGAAAGCCAUCGAUGAAAAGGAUGAAAUUGUCUCGAACGAAGAAAACGAAGACGAGCUCGAUGCACUUCGAGCAGAGAAGGAGGAAUUGAUCAAAGCCAUUGAGAAGUUGCAAGAAUCGUUGGAAUGCGAACGAGAGAAGUUCUCCUACAUUCAUCAACAGGAUGCGAAAUGCAUUGACGUGAUGUCGAAACGACUGGAAGCAGCCAUCGACACCGAAAAUGAUUUGAAUAAGCUGCUCGAAGAGGAACGUAGCAAAACAUCGAAAUUGUCGACGAAGAUGCUAGAGCAUCAAUUCGAACGGGCCAAAUUGAGCUCGAGUAACAUGUCACUGAACGAAUCGCCGAUUGCAAGUCCAAGACGAUUGACAAAAGGCGGUGAAUCUGAUCAAGAGCUACUUAAGUGUCAAAAUGAUGAGAUUAAGCUGCUCAAGUCACAGUUGGAACGGGAAAAAGAGCGAGCGGUCGAUGUUGAGAAAUCGCUAGGCCGAGAGAAAAACCGAUUCGAGAAGGAGUUGAGUGAACAAAAAGCGUACGGUGAACGAAUGAAGGACGAAUUGGAACGAAUCAUUCGGGAAAACAAGACAUUACAAGAGGAGUUAGAUGAUGCGCAAGAAAAAGUCACCCUUUCAACGCAUGACAUCGAGAAUAUGCAGGCGCGAAUAAAGCAGCUGCAAGAUGCCGAAACCCAUCAAAGUGCUCGCAGUGAAAAAGACCGAAACGAAUUGACGCAAAGCAUCGCGACUUGCCGAGAGCUAAAGAACAAACUGAUCAACUUGGAAAGAGAACGGGACGUAUUACAAGAGCGAGUGUCCAUCUUACAAGCUGAUAUUGAUCGGGGUGCACAGCGCGAGGCACGCCUAACCGAAUCAUUGGUAGCUGGAUAUCAACAGAGCAACGUCUUAACUGGUGGCAUAAUUCCCCAGCAACUUUUGGCCAAAUUGAAAGAGAUGAAUGACAAUUUGAGCGAAAAUGUUCGCGAGAAUCGACAACUAUCUGAAACGCUACAGAUGUUAACCGAAGAGCGGCAUGUGCUUCAGAAGAAAGUGCAUGAUUUGGAAAUAAUCUGUGUUGACCGUGAUGAGCUAGAAGAGCGUGCCAAUCAUUUGUUCAGCAAAUACUUGCGAACCGAAAGCUUCCGACGAGCAUUGAUUCAUCAAAAGCGAUAUCUGAUGAUUGUGCUCAGCACGUACGAGUCCAAUGAGACAAAAGUAUUAGCUGCAUUGAAUGGAAAUGCACCGGUGCAACGGCAACGAAAAGUACCAUCAUUCAAGUCGGUUGUUCUGGUCGCCAUCGCAAUCGAACGUAUGAAAUUCAUUCACCGACGUUGGCAGACGGGCAAACGAGUGUGUGCCAAGAACCCAAUCUUUCCACACAACACCCCGCUGCGGCGCAAUCAUUCAGCAUCCACAAUAAAUUGGACGAGAAAUGGACACGACACACAAAUCCCAAACCAAUUGCAUCACCCACAAUCACCACCGAUGCGUGAGCGACCAAUGACCAGCGUAUUGAAGGGACGUCGUUGUACCAACAAUGAUUUUACUACCACACAAAUUUGAUACCGCAUUCAAAUGACACAGUUUCAAUUGAGAAUCCUGAAUUGAACCCAUGACAAUUGUAAAAUGAUCUCUGUUGACUAUCAAAUUGUUUCAUAAAAUCAAACGUAAAUCUUGGCGAUAAGAGAAGAGUUCAGAAAAUUUGAAUCAGAAUCAUCUGAACUCGUCUCAUUUCGCACGCGCGCCAUAUCAUUAGCAAAACAGUAAAUUCAAAAUGUAAAUAGCUAAGAAUAAAAGCACGUUUGCCAUAGUUUAGGGAUAGUGGUAGAGUUUAAUCAGAGUAAGUGUAUCAAUUUAAUUGCAUUUAAUGGCUUGCAAUGCACAUACCUUAAUGACAAAAAGAAAAAACACCACAAAGUGAACGGAGUAAAUACAAAGGGCUGCCUUUUUUGUAGUGUGCCUUUCACCAAUUCUGAUCAUACUCAACGAUUAAUUCACAUUGAAAAUUUUUAAUUGAAUCCGGUUUGUUUGGAUUGGCCAUAAACAUCUUCUUUGUGAAGCUGUACCAUCGAAGUGAGCUUCAAUCCAAACUGACUUCUUGGUCAAAAUCGAUCAUUUGUAGAGGAAAAACCAAACCACAAGAGUGACUUUUUUGCAUGAAAUUUUCCGAAACAAACACAAAUUGAUUGUUAUUGUUAUUGCAUAGAUGCGUACAAAAACCAAACGUUGUAUUGAGUUUUAUUUAGAAAAAAAUAGACAAAGAAAAAGAAUAUGAAAAUGAAACGAGACAAAAAUUAUAUAAAUAAAGAUGAUUUACUUUUAGAGCCGAAAUUAAAUUGAAAA